UACGCAACAGCUGUUUACGCGACAACGACACUGUCAUAAUAGUAUUUUCAUACUGCAAUCUAAAAUUUGAUUAAAAGUUGGUUUAAACGUUUGCAGAUUUUCUAAACGUUUAGCAGAUUACACCAUUUUGUAGAAGUUUUAGUAAUGGCCUGGGGACUACCCAAACUCCCCGGCUUGACGUUCUCCGACCCAACCAAGACCCAGUACCACAUAAAAAGCACCCUGCGGUACUACCAGGGCCACCGGUUCCCGGACACCUGCGUCAGAGGGCCUGGAGGCACUGCCACCGAUGUGGACAGCAAUGCUUUUGCUGUGCCUGAAGAUUCAGUUAACUACGAUCCGUCCCUGACGUAUGGGCGAGUGAAGCAGCCAGCGCUCCCAGCGGUGGUGCCGCACUGGGUGCACUACGACAAGCGGUGCCUGAACUUCACCGCGUUCUUCAAGCAGCCGGUGUACGACAACCCUGACGAGAACUUCAGGGUGCGAGUGGUCAACAUCGUGUACUUUCUGGAAGACGACACUAUCACCGUGAUGGAGCCGAGAGUCAAGAAUUCUGGACUAUGGCAGGGCCGUAUGGUGAAGAGAGCAAAGAUACCGAAGAACGAUCUUGGCGAGUUCUGGCACUGGAAGGACCUGAAUAACGGCAAAGACAUCUGCAUUUACGGGAAAGUGUUCCACACCGUGUCAUGCGAUUUGUUUACAAAGGAAUGGCUCGAAUCUCAAGGGGUUGAGAUCGCGAAGCCCGAGGAUCUGCCCGUUGACGCGUACGCUCAGAAGGAGCGCUGGAAAGGGGUGCACCCCCCGAAGAAGGCGAAAAGCCAUGAUGAUCCCCUGCUACGAUUCCUGCAAUAUGACGGCAAAGUCCUUGCUUUCGAUGUCGUUUGGGAUGACCGGCAAUCAGAAAACGGUGAACUUCGCCCGUACAGAUUGCUGUACUUCCUACAAGAUGAUACUAUCGCUGUCAAGGAACUACACGACGAUAGAGGCGGGAAAGAUCCGUUCCCGUUACUGCUCAAGAAAACAAAGCUGCCAAAGAAAUGGAAGGAGAGGCCCGUGUCGUUUCCAUCUGGCGUCAUGGAGACCACAGAAGCGGAGGUGACAGAAUACUACUCGCCGAAGGACCUGAUCGUGGGGCAAACAAUAUUCGUGCUGGGUCGCCGGUUCUUAUUGUGCGAUUGCGAUCCGUUUACGAGGAAAUAUUACAAGACGAUGCUAAACAUAGAUCAGCCACCGCGCGUCGAGGUGCAACACGAGACUCGGAAAGAGUUUCCCAAGAGUUUUCCUCCGCACAUUGGCAUUGGGGCUCCAGAGGAUACUUUGCAGUCUUGCUACGGGUUGAUGCCAAAACCUCCACAUAAAGAUGUCAUCAAGUACAACCUAAAUGCUAAUAAGUAUCUCCGCUACCUCUGCGAGCUUGACUGGAUCCACCCCGAAGAUAAUGGUCGUAAGUUCGUGCUCGCGUACAGUCUCGCCGAUGGCACCAUCAAAAUCGGCGAAGUCCCUCGAAGAAACUCCGGCAUCAAGGAGGGAAAGUUCCUCAAGGCUAUGAAACUGCAGACCCCAGAAUCUGACCCGAACUUUCCUACUUAUUUUACGCCAGAUAAGUUUUACAUUGGGGCAAUUGUCCCGGUAUUCAAGCACCGCUUCAGGAUUAUCGGCUGCGACCUGUUCGUGUACCGGUACAUGAGCGCCAACCCGGACAAGUUUCCGCAGGAGGUCAUCGACAACGUGCGCAACUACCACAUGCGCGAGGGCAACCUGAAGGACGAACUUGCGGAAGCCGUCCGCGACGAGCAAGCAGCCGAAACUCGCGCGCAGCUCGCCAAGAUCGGCCAAGCGGCCGUGGCCGAACCGAACGCGAUGGAGCGCUGCCUCGCCGCCCUCGACGUGGUGGAAGGCAGCGCGACACCGCCGCGCCCGCCCACGCCGCCCAUGACCACAGACAGGAUAUCUUAUGACGACUCCCUGCGUGUGGCGAGGAUGAGCAAACCUACUUGCGACAACGUAAUGCCUCUGAAAGGCAUCCUCAAGUCGGGGGCCGCGAAAGACGACCACCAAAAGGUGGUUUGCUUCAGCGGCCCCGCGCCGGACGAGCACCGAGAGGCUAAGAAGGUCCCCACCUAUCCCCCGGGAGAGCAACCGCACUUUGUCGACGAUCCAGACUUCUGCGAGAGAUUCAAGGAAGCGGAUGCAAAGGAACGCGCCGAGCGUCGAGCAAGAGACGAAUGUCCCUAUGAGCUCAUCCCGAGUGCCCAACUGGCCGCCGCCACAGGAGAGGUGCAGGAAGAAAAGCCGCAGCUGCCUGGAUACCUUGGGACUUAUGGCGUCGAUUGCAAACAGGUGCCAGAGUUUAUGCGUCUCGCCCCCGAUGCGUACGAGAAAGUCAAGAAGCUUCGUCGCGAAGUUCCCGAGAUAUCGCCAGCCGCGGUCCGAGUGGCCGAACACCCUGUAUUGCCUUCCCCAGAAGUGGAUGUCUGCGUCAACCCCACACCAGAGGCCACCGGGCCUUGUGCGGAGAAGAAGGAAGAGGAUGUUGCCUUCGCCUGUCCGCACGUAGAGCCUAAGAUGCCUUGCUGUGACCCUCAUAAGAGACCUACGUGAAUUUUAAUCUAAAUUCUAAACUUUUUAGAGUUUGACUCAUUUUGUGUACUUUUAUUUUUGAUUAUUAUAAUAAAUUAACGUUUUCAUUUCA